AUGGAGGAUAAUGAUUGGGAUUUAAGCGUUGUAGUAAGAAGUUGUAAUAUUAAUAAGCCUAACGAUGUUACAACUCCUCACUCAGGCUUGGUGACUUCUGAAAAUGAUGAUUGGAAUACUUUUGACAAAAAAUUUGUUGUUGACAUGCCUAAUUUUAAUGACUUAUCUGAGAUUUUCUCUAUAGAUUUUUCAGUUGCUCACCAGAAAAAAUCAAAUGACCAGGUCAUAAUCACGGACCAAAAUUCUAACCAAGAGAUAAAAAAUCAGUCAACAAGAGUUUUCUAUGAAGUGUUGCAAGAGGAACUCACAGAUGAUAAAUGGGCAUGGCGUAAGUAUGGUCAGAAGUCAAUCAAAGGUUCUCCAUUCCCGAGAUCUCUUGCUUUAUACAACAAUAGUUCCAAACGCAAAUUUCCAAAAGGUAUAAAUAUUGUGCCCAAAGUGUUAAACUUGAAUGCAUCAUUAUCCUCGUCCAAGCGUGCUAAGCAUUUCAAAGUUGACAUCUCUUCAAUUAGUCCAACUGCACCUACACUUGAAAUUGAGAGAAAUAAUGAAAUGGUUGAUGUUGUGGUGGAGAACAAAGACAAUAUUGAAGAGGAGGAGAACACGCAUGACAAUAUUUUCAUGGAUUUUGAAGAACUCCAAGAAUUACUACUUCCAUCUUAUGGGGAUGAAAUGGACAAGAGAAAUUAA